AAAGUAAGUACAAAAGUGCGUCUUGGCACAGGCAGGCAGAACAACACUGACAAGACAACUGCUGGGAACUUAACCAAGCACACUUAAACAACUUACAACUUACUGACAGAUCUUCCUUAAUUCAGAAAAAGAUGGAAUCUAAGAUGAAGAGCUCCAAGUUGACAGAGGGACUGGAACUGGAGAUUACCCAUCAUCCACUGACAAUGAAGCGCGUGGUCAACCUCAUCAUUGCCAUGGAGAGGUUCAAGGGCACCACGUCAGAGCCACUGCUGAGCACUGAGUUCAGAGAUGAAAGCCUGCUCAACAUCGUGUUGGACAACUUUGUGGAAGCGCAAACUGUGUUUGAACGCAGUUCACAGCCAUCAGUUCAGUAUAACAAGAUGGAGGAGGACCAAUUUAGCGUGGUCGACGGUGAGAAGAGGAGUUUAGUUCAAGUCCCAAACAGCAUGGAGCUUCACGCGGUGAUGCUGCAGGGAGGAUCUGACAACUGCAAAGUGCACCUGAACAUGUCGACCUACGUGGACAGUCCACCCAGCACUGAGGCCAGACCUGUGGUUCUGGGCAUCAAAGACACAAACUUAUACCUGUCUUGCCACAAGGAUGGUGAAGAGCCAAGCUUGCAUCUGGAGCGGGUGGAUGACAAAAGCAGUCUGUCGAGGAUCAGCUCAAACAGCGACAUGGUGCGAUUUCUCUUCUACAAACAAGACCUCGGACUGAACUUGAGUACCCUGGUCUCUGUCCCCUUCAACAACUGGUACAUCAGCACAGCAGUGGAGGACAACAAACCCGUGGAAAUGUGCCUGGAGAGCGCCAGACGCCACCGGAAUUUCACCAUCCAGAGAAUGCAAAAUACACCCGCACAGGAAUGUACAUGCACAUCUGAGGGUCAGGUUUAACCUUCUUAAGUGAAAACAAAAAAACAGAGUGUAAAAUGUAGUGCAUCUCAGGUAUUCUUAUUCAGAAAAUCAGCAACAAAGUUAUAUUUAUUAAAAAGCACUGCCUCUGUUUGCUAGAACGACUUCUAACAGGCUCCAUUUGCUGUCUGUACCAAGUACAGAAAGUGAAAUGCUUAGUGUAUUGACAUAGUCAAGUAUCACCACAAGACGGCACCAUUGUGCUGUCUGGUGAGCACCCUGUGUAUUUAUUGUGAUGAAUGACAUGACAUACUGUUAAUGCUUUAAUCUAUUAAUUUAUUAAUCUAUUUAUGCACCAUGUUAACUUAUAUAUUUGUUUGAAAAUUUGCUUACUAACAAUUAUUUAAAUGAUUGCACAGUGACUAUUUAAUAAAGCCUUUUAACUCACA